AUGACUCUUUUAAUACCUUUAUUGAUAUUAAUUUUUGGUUUUUCUUGCUAAUAUAUAGUGGAUUUAAGUUAAGAUUAUUAAACAUAUACCUAAUAGUUAAACCUUUAAUUAGAAGACUUAGUCACUAAUAAAUUUUUUACAUAUGGGUUAUGGAAUAAAUAUUUACCUUUAGGAUAAAUAAGUUAAAUUGGAUAAAUGGGUGUAUUUGGUAGUAAUUGUUAUCAUUUACAUAAUGCAGCAGAUUCCUUAACUCUGAAAGUUGAUUUAAUAUACUUUGAUUGUCUUGAUGUUGAUUAAAUGAAAAUAACAAAAGUAAUUCAAUUUUUUGAUUACGAUGGAAUAUUUCAUAGCUAUGAUAUUACCUUAGAUUAAUGGGAAUAUGAAAGUCAUUGGUAUUUUAUUUAGAUUGUUUAAUGGCCAAUAUAAAAAAGAUUUGAAUUAAUGUUUAUACACUACCCUGAGGUAAUUUUUAAAAAAAUUUUAUAUAUUCAUUGUCCUUACAGGAGUUUCAAUCAGCAAUUAACUUUUGGAGGUGGAUUGCUUCUUAAUGAUGAUGAAUUCUUUUAGAAUAUUUAAGGUAGAAAAAAAUUAUCAUUCUUUCCAGGAAAAUUGUAUUAUGAUUUUUUAACUUUAUAAAUUGGUACUUUUGAUAGAAAUGGAUUAAAAAUCGCUAUAGACACUUUUGGAGAUCUUUAUAUUUGUAAUUGUUAAUCUAAUAUUAAUGUUUAAAUUGAAAAUUAGAUUCUGAAUUGGCUUGAUUAAAAAUAUUUUACAUCAGAAAAUGGAAAUUGUGAUUAAUUUGGAUUAUCAGGAUGGUUAAGAAUAAAAGAAAUAAAUAAAUUAAAUGAUAAUUUUGAUUAUAAAUUUAUGAAAAUGAAUAAAUUUAGUUAAAAUUAAAAAUUAAAUGAUGAUAAUUUAUCAGCAUUUUAAUUGAUAUAUAGAAUAUCAUAAUAAUAAUAUGAAAUAUUAAUAAUGAGUUAUAGUUAUAGAUUUCCUAUUGUAAAUAUAGAUUUUAAUAAUAAUCCAUUUUUAAUAAUUAAAUAAAUAGAAAUUAAUAAUAAUAUUUAUUUAUGGCAUUAUUUAUAAGUUACAUUAUAAUAAAAUGUAUUAUAAAUAAUAAUAACAUUUUAUUAAGAAUUAAAUAAAUAUUAAUAUUAAGAAUAAAUAAAUGUUUAUCAUUUUAAUGAAAUAUAAUUUUAAAUUCAUUAUGGUAAUAUAAAUUAAGAAUCUAAUAAUUAUUUAAAUAUUUAAAUACAAAAUUUCAAUUUUUAUAAUUGUGAUAUUUCAUAAAUAAAUAAAAAUUGUCAUUCAAGUUGUUAAUUAUGUGAUGGACCUACUAAUUCUGAUUGUUUAUCAUGUUAAAAUAAUUCAAAUAGAAUAUAUAUACCAUUAUAAAAAGCAUGUAUUUGUUAAUAUAAUACUAUUGAUUAAGAUUUUUGUUAUUCAUAUUAACAUUUUUAAUUUUAAUUAAUUUAAUAUUAAACUAAUUAAUUAUAAUGUUAAUAUGGAUAUUUCUAUUUUAAUUCAUAAACUUGUAUUAAAUGGUAAUUAUAUAUUAUUUAUAUAUUUAUAGUCCUUCAAUUAUUUAAUCUAAUCUUAUAACAUGUUUAGAAUGUAUAGAAAAUCCUCUUUAUUGGUAAUAUAAUCCUUAUUGUUAAACAUUAAUAUAUAUUAUUCAUAAUAAUACCUAUAAUACUAUUAAAGAUCAAACAAUUUAAUAUUAUAUAAUAAUUGAUGAUUAACUUUAAUUGUGUGAAUAUUGCUCAUUUUCAUAAUUAUAAAACGAAUAAGCUCUUUAUAACAAUUACAUUACAAAUAUAAAUAGGUAGUAAAGAUUUUGUUAGAGAAAUUAAAUUUUUUAUGGUUUGCUUGUAGUUUUUGAGUGUUAUAGUUGCAAUUUAGAUGCUUGUCUAGAAUGUGCUGUUACUGAAACAGGAUUAGCCUGUAUACUUUGCUUAGAUAAUUUUACAGCAAAGAAUGGAUAAUGUUAAUUAAAAGUAGUUGAAAGUAAUUAUGAAUAAUAAUUAUCUUUUUUCGUUAAAAAUAAGUGCUUAGCUCCUUAUUAUAUAACAUCUAAUAAAGGAUGCAAACUAUGUCAAAUUAAGAAUUGUAGAUAUUGUUUUGAGUUCUAGAAGAAUGAUUUAAAAAAAUGUACAUUGUAUGAUAAUUUUGAAAUUUUUUAAGAGGAUGAGUUUCAUUCUGUAGGAUGUUCACUAUGCGAAGAUAAUUUUAUAUUUGAUUUUACUGUUGGAUUAUGUCUUCAUUAAAAACCAAAUUUACAAUUUUGCUUGAGAUCUUUUAUCAAUUUAGAUGGGACAGAGAUUUGCACACUAUCUUCUAUUGAUGAUUUUAGGGUUGCAUCAUAAAUUAUUAACUGUGAAAAAUUAAUAAUUAAUUGUUUGUAAUGUGUAUUAAUAUCAUCACUAUAAAUUAAAUGUGUAAUUUGUGCAUAAGGUUAUACAAGUUCAGUAACAACUGGUUCAUGCUACACAACUCCAUAUAAUAAUUCAAAAAUAAGUAUUGAAGGAGAUCGAUUAUAAAUGAAUGGUUGGAUCUAAUUAAUAUAAAGUUUUCUUAUGAGUUUUUUGCCAAAUUCAUAUUACUAUCCAAUGCCAUUUUCCUAUUUAAUAACACCUCUUCCUAUAGUUUGUAUGGAUGGAUAUCAAAUUACUUAACAUAAUACUUGUGAGAGUUACUGUCAAUCAGACUGUUUAGAUUGCGAAGAAACUAAUGAUAUAAAUUUUAAAUUUCAAUGCAAAAAAUGCUCUUUAGAUUAUUAUCGCUUACCUUUAAGAUCUAAAUAUGAAAAUCAGUGUUUGAAAUGUUCACCUCUAUGUGCAAUUUGUCAACCUAGAGAUAUAUCAGAGAUAAAUGUAAUAUAUUUCUUAAUUUCUAUAGCAAUUGAAUAAGCAUUUUAUUAUCACUGAUUCUAACCUAUUAUAUACUUAUAAAUGUUUAUAUCCAGCACCUGAUCCAAAUAUCAUCAUUAGACAACCUUAAUUGACUCCCUAAUAUUGUUUUUCUUAAAAUUGUACAGAAUUCUUUCAGUAUGAAGUAUGAUAUUCAAUAUUUUUAGUUUGAAAUUAAUUAUAAGACUGUUUAAUAACACUUAACAACAGUAUUACCAGAAUUCUUUUAUGAAAAUGAUAUAAACACUAAUUAUUUAAACCAAAUAGGAAUAAGAAUAAUGAGAAUCAUAUUUCUAUAUUUAUUGCCUCUAGAUGAUUAAUAAAAUAUACAAGAUUAUGAAAUGAUUAAAAUAGAGAGCAAAUUAAAACAGAAAAUAUUUUCAUUAACAUAAGUUAGAUUUAAUAUCAGAAAAGCAGAUAUAUCAAAUAAUAUAUUUAAUUUUUCUUUAAUAAUAAAUGGUUUUGAUGUAAUUGAAAUUCAAAAUAUGAUAUUUUCAAUUAAUAAAAAUUUCUACUUUAAAUUUGAAAAUGAUGAAUCAAUAAAUUUAAAUAUUGAAGACACUUAAUUUUUAGGAUUUUAAGAUAAUUAAUAAAUAUUAUCAUUUCUUACAUUUGCAAAAGAUUUUAAUAAUUUGAGAUUAAUAAAUCUGAACUUUAAUAAUCUUUAGAUAAAUGAUUCUAUUAUUUGGGAUGUUUCUUUUAGUUAAUUAGGAGGCAAGAUAGAAAUAUCUAAUAUACAUUUCAUAAAUUGUACAUUUAUAAAUUCAUCAAUAUUUCAUUUUUUUGGAAACUUAAGUGAGAUUCAAAUAAAAGAUAUUACUUUUAUUUAAUGUACAUUUUUAUGGUCCUCUGCUUUUAAUUUUUUAAUUGA